GUGAAUUAGAUAAUUUAAAUGGAACCUAUUUUAUGGUUCUUUUAUUACUUUAAAUUAUCUUCUUGAGAGCAACAAAAGAUCCCUAGAUAAAUUAAAAAAAAUUAAUAGGGCAGACAAGAUUUGUGGGCGAAUUAGAGAAUUAUGGGACAAAUGGAAGAUUCCUUUUGUUCUGGGCCAGUUGUUUCCAGAAAGAAUGAAAGAUCAUGGAUAACGCCAAGUCGGCAAUAUUUCAACCAUAUGGUGGCAACAGUGUAUACAAAUCAUUAAAUCCUGCAUUGUUUAAAGGAUCUUCAAAAUGUGAGAGAUGUCUUAGAUCCCCGACCCACUUAGUCAUCAUUACUGUGAUGUUUACGUUCAGCAAAUUAAUUACGCCAUUAAUUGCCGAUCAUCGGCGGUCAUGUUGAGUUUAAGUCAAACUCUGAUUUCUAAUGGGAUGGGCAUGUAACCAAAGUAACAUUUUUUCAUUGUUAGAAUAGCUGUGUGCGGGAUUUCGGUAAGAAAUGUUUGGUAAGAGUUUUUCUUCAGUCCAGUUGAUCAUGCACAUGUUAUAAAGUCACCGAAGACAGGUCGUUUGUUAUUGAUUUUAAACUUCAAGUUCAGUUUUCUUUGGAAGACAACGAGUGUGUUUCAUAUUAAGCCAAAACAUUUUACACAUGGUUUUGUAAUCUCUUCCAGUGGUCGAGAAAAAAUGUUUUUUUUCUGACUGUUUUAUGUAGAAAUGAACUAAUGUCAGUCGCAUUCUUCUGCUGGAAACGUUUGGGAACCACCGAGCGGAAAAUGACUGUGUUUUAUGUUUUCUUUUGCCGUUGUGAUGAGCAAAUCCCUCCACCCCUGCCCCGUCAACGUUUUGUUCCCAUCCAUUAAUUGGUUUAUAUAUUUAUCUUUUUGCAGGUCUGGGAGUAUCCAUCACACUUUUGGCGUAUAUCGGCUUUCUAUACUAUAUGGUUAUUCUUGCCUGGGUUCUUUAUUUUGUGGCAAUGUGUUUCAUGCCCAUCUUGCCAUGGACGACGUGCGACAACUCAUGGAACACCAUUUCCUGCAUUCCUUUGUUUACCGAAACAGAUGACAAUGCCACAAAUGUAACCUCCACGGCAACAUCUUCAAAUGUGUCCGGUUACUUAGCAACAGAGGAGUUUUGGAGGUACAACGUUUUGGACAUUUCGACUGGCCUGGAAGACCCUGGACAUAUCAGAUGGCAUCUGCUUCUGGCCACCAUAGCGGCAUUUGCUCUUGUUUACGUGUGCAUCUUCAAAGGAAUUGAAUCAUCCAGAAUUGCGGUGUACAUCACAGCGACUGCUCCGUUCAUCCUGUUAGUCCUCUUGUUGGCCUGGCUCAUGACUCGGGAAGGUUCCACAGACGGUCUCAUGUAUUACAUCACCCCCAGAUGGGAUAAGGUCAUGAGAUUUCAGACCUGGCUGGAAGCGUUUCUCCAGGUGUUUUAUUCCCUGGGCCCUGGCUGGGGCGGACUCAUUAACCUCUCCAGCUAUAACCCUUUCCAUCAUAACUGGUACAGGGAUUCUAUCAUCGUGGCUCUGGCCGACACCAUCACUUCGGUGUUGUGUGGUGCUGUGGUAUUCGCUGGUGUCGGCUGCAUCGCUCACCAAACGGGAGAGAACGUGUCUGACGUCUUCACCACAGGUCCUGGUUUGUCGUUUAUCACCUACCCUCAAGUCAUAGCCACUAUGCCUGUGCCCCAUCUCUGGGCAGCCUGUUUUUUCCUGCUCUUGCUUUUCCUUGGAUUGGAUACGCAGUUUGCCAUGAUCAAGACGGUGACUACUGGACUAACAGACAUGUAUCCGAAGAGUCUAGGAAAGAAGCAACCUCUAUUGGUCUUUGUGGUGCUUCUGUUCUCCAUAUUCUUGACUUUACCAUUCAUAACUCGGGGCGGUAUUUACAUCUUCCAGAUCAUCGACUGGUACGCCUCGUUCUUCACCAUACUCGCUGUUGUAUCCUGCGAGAGUAUUGUCAUUGGCUGGGUGUUUGGUGCAGACAGAUUUGUAGCUAACAUAAAAGAAAUGGGAACGUUCGCUUCCCACUGGCAACUACGCUUUAUGAAGAUAUCCUGGAGAUUUCUGGUGCCCUUUUGCAUGUUGGGAGCACUAAUUGUCGCCAUGGUCAAGUUUCGAUCUCCCAAAUACGGCGAGUACGAAUAUCCUGAGUGGACAAACGUAUUCGGCUGGAUCUUGGCACUGAGUAGCUCAGUACCUGUCCCUGUAGUCAUGAUAUACGGGCUGAUGAAAGAAAAAGGGAGCUUACUCGAGAAUACGACAUCUGAUACGUCCAACCAUUGGGAAAAUGGGCACAGGGAUACCGUACGGGGAGGAGAUGGGACACAUAGCUGUCCAUGGGGCACCGGAAACAAAAUCAAUGCUUCCUUCUGUGAGCUGAAACGCGAAAUGGCGGGGUCAUUGUACAAAAUGACAGAAUGUCUGUGUAUUUUACUUACUGUAUACUCACUCACUGUUUUACUAACUUGCCAGAUCAUUUAAAACCACAAUUUUAAUUA